UCUUGCGCUUGACUCUUGCAAUUCCCUUCGGUCCAGGCCUACUUUCUUUUUUUUACCUGGUCCACCUCAUAUUCGUCGCCUGGGCGCAAGAUACCGAGAGGCCGACACAAAAUGGGUCAGUCACGACGCCCCGUAGGUGGGGAGAAGAAGAGUCGCUUUGGGCGCAACAAAGCAGUCGCCGAUGUGGGCGACGGCCGCCAGUCCGGCAAGCCCCAGGUCAAGAAGGCCACCUUCGAGACCUCCAAGAAGAAGGAGAUCGGUGUCUCCGACCUUACCCUGCUCAGCAAGAUCUCCAAUGAGGCUAUCAACGAGAAUCUGAAGCUCCGCUUCCAACAUGGCGAGAUUUAUACCUAUAUCGGACACGUGCUGGUCUCUGUCAACCCGUUCCAAGACUUGGGCAUCUACACCGACAAGGUGCUUGACUCCUACCGCGGCAAGAACCGUCUCGAAGUCCCUCCCCACGUAUUCGGAGUCGCCGAGUCGUCCUACUACAACAUGAAGUCCUAUAAGGACAAUCAGUGCGUGAUUAUUUCGGGAGAGUCAGGUGCCGGAAAGACGGAAGCCGCCAAGCGGAUCAUGCAAUACAUCGCCAGUGUCUCGGGCGGCAGCGACUCGUCAAUUCAGCAGACAAAGGACAUGGUGCUUGCAACGAACCCUCUUCUGGAGUCAUUCGGUAACGCCAAGACCCUGCGCAACAACAACUCGUCGCGAUUCGGCAAGUAUUUGGAGCUGGAGUUCAACGCCAAUGGCGAACCGGUGGGUGCCAACAUUACAAACUACCUGCUGGAGAAGUCUCGAGUCGUGGGCCAGAUUAUGAACGAGCGAAACUUCCACAUCUUCUACCAAUUCACCAAGGGUGCUUCGCAGAAGUACCGCGACAACUUCGGCAUUCAGCAACCGCAGUCCUACCUCUACACCAGUCGUUCGAAGUGUUUCGAUGUUCCCGGAGUCGACGAUGUGGCCGAAUUUCAGGAUACCCUUGCUGCGAUGAAGAUGAUUGGCAUGAGCGAGGCGGAGCAGGAUAAUGUGUUCCGCAUGCUGGCUGCUAUAUUAUGGAUCGGCAACGUUCAGUUCAGCGAGGAUGACUCGGGCAAUGCCUCCAUUGCGGAUCAAUCGGUGGUGGACUUUGUCGCAUACCUGAUGGAAGUAGACUCUGCUCAGGUCAACAAGGCUCUGACAAAUCGUAUGAUGGAGACCUCGCGCGGAGGUCGCAGGGGUUCCGUCUACGAGGUGCCGCUUAACACCGUUCAAGCCUCGGCUGUUCGGGAUGCCCUGUCCAAGGCGAUAUAUUUCAAUCUGUUCGACUGGAUUGUGGCGCGUGUCAAUCAGUCUCUGGCUGCCAGGGGCUCUAUCGCCAACUCAAUUGGUAUUCUGGACAUUUACGGAUUCGAGAUUUUCGAGAAGAACUCUUUCGAGCAGCUCUGCAUUAACUAUGUCAAUGAGAAGUUGCAACAGAUCUUCAUCCAGUUGACCCUGAAGGCAGAGCAGGACGAGUACGCUCGCGAGCAGAUCAAGUGGACCCCGAUCAAGUACUUUGAUAACAAGGUGGUGUGCUCGUUAAUCGAGGACAAGCGGCCGCCUGGUGUGUUUGCUGCGUUGAAUGAUGCUUGUGCAACAGCCCACGCCGACUCUGGUGCCGCCGACAAUACCUUCGUCGGAAGGUUGAACUUCCUUGCUCAGAACCCCAACUUUGAAGGCCGGCAGGGCCAGUUCAUUAUCAAGCACUACGCUGGUGAUGUGAGCUAUGCAGUUGAGGGCAUGACGGAUAAGAACAAGGACCAGUUGCUGAAGGACUUGCUCAACUUGGCCGGAUCCAGCAGCAACCCAUUCGUCCACGCACUCUUCCCCAACCAGGUGAACCAGGAUGACAAGCGACGCCCGCCCACUGCGGGUGACAAGAUCAAGGCAUCUGCCAAUGACCUUGUUGCUACUUUGAUGAAGGCGCAGCCCUCAUACAUUCGAACUAUCAAGCCCAACGACAACAAGGCUCCUAAGGAAUACAACGAGGGCAAUGUGCUGCAUCAGAUCAAGUACCUGGGUCUGCAAGAGAACGUGCGCAUUCGUCGCGCCGGUUUCGCCUACCGUCAGACUUUUGACAAGUUCGUCGAGCGAUUCUAUCUGCUGUCGCCCAAGACCUCCUAUGCCGGUGACUAUACUUGGACCGGCGAUUCGGAGUCCGGUGCCAAGCAAAUCUUGAAGGAUACCAGUAUCCCCGCUGAGGAAUACCAGAUGGGUAUCACCAAGGUCUUUGUCAAGACACCCGAGACCCUCUUUGCACUCGAGGCCAUGCGAGACCGCUACUGGCACAACAUGGCCAUCCGGAUUCAGCGUGCCUGGCGCAACUACCUCCGGUACCGUAUCGAGUGUGCUAUCCGUAUUCAGCGCUUCUGGCGCCGUAUGACUGGAGGAAUGGAGUUUAUCAAGCUUCGUGAUCAGGGACACCAUGUCCUGCAGGGCCGCAAGGAGCGCCGGAGGAUGAGUAUUCUCGGGUCUCGUCGCUUCCUGGGUGACUACCUCGGUGUGGCGAACAACGGCGGACCUGGGCAGAUGAUCCGCAACGGUGCCAACAUUAGCAGCUCCGAAGAAGUUCUAUUCUCCUGCCGUGGCGAGGUCUUGAUUUCCAAGUUUGGUCGCUCCAGCAAACUGGCUCCUCGGAUUAUUGUUUUGACAAACCGGCAUGUCUAUCUCGUGGCCCAGAGUAUCGUCAACAACCAGCUUGUCAUUUCGUCCGAACAGACUAUCCCGAUUGGCGCCAUUAAGGCUGUCAGCACCUCCAACCUGAAGGAUGACUGGUUUUCACUGGUUAUCGGUGCUCAGGAGCCCGAUCCGCUGCUCACUUGUGUUUUCAAGACCGAGUUCUUCACCCACUUGUCAAAUGCCCUGCGUGGCUCUUUGAACCUGAAGAUUGGCGAGAGCAUCGAGUACAACAAGAAGCCCGGCAAGUUGGCCUUGGUCAAGGCCGUCAAAGAUCCCCAGGCAGGCAAUGCCGACUCCUACAAGAGUAGCACCAUCCACACCAGCGCCGGCGAACCUGCCAGCUCCGUGUCCAAACCCACUCCUCGAGCCAAGCAAGUCGCUGCCAGACCCGUCACCACGGGCAAACUGCUUCGACCUGGUGGCCCCGGCAGUGGCCCAUCGAAGCUGUCCGCUGCUGCCCGGAAACCUCCGCCUGCCGCACAACCUCUGCCCCAGUCCACGCCUAGGCCUGCAGCUGCGCAACCGCGCAUUGUACCUCAGCCUGUUGCUGCUGCUGCAGCUGCCGCACACACUCGCAGCGACUCUUCAGGUUCUGUGAGAGCCCCACCGCCACCUCCCCCGUCCGCACCUCCUGCCUCGAAGAAACCCACCGCCAAGGCCCUGUACGACUUUAACAGCGAUCGUGCGAACGAGUUGUCCAUCCGUACCGGCGAGAUUGUGCAGAUCGUCUCCAAGGAAGGAAACGGCUGGUGGCUGUGCAUGAACACCACAACCUCCACACAAGGCUGGGCGCCCGAAGCCUAUCUCGAAGAGCAAGCGGCCGCACCAGCACCUAAACCCGUCCCUCCCCCUCCUCCCACCGCACCUCGCGCAACUCCCAGCCCCGUCCCCAACGGCGUAGCCAGCGUGGCCGCCGCCAAGUCCAAGCCCGCCCCGCCCGCGCCCCCAGCCAAGCGACCCAACAUAGCCGGCCGCAAGCCCGCGCCCCCGCCUGCACCUCGCGACAGCGCCGUGAGCAUGAACUCAGGUGACUCAUCUGGUGCAAGUGGCCGCGGUACACCAAACAGCGCCUCGAACGCCAGUUUGGCCGGCCUUGCGGAGGCAUUGCGCGCGCGGCAGAGUGCGAUGCAGGGGAAGCAUGAUGAUGAAGAUGAGUGGUAG